AGGUAGCAGUGACUAUCACAAAUCAUCUUAUAUCGUUGUCGUGGUCUUCCCAGCCACUAUCAUUUUAUUAACAACAUCACCGUGCAUUUUCGUACAUUUACCCCUUCCAAUCCCAUCCAACAACAAUCCAAAAAAGUACAACGGUAACCUACAACGAUACAACAGGAAGAUAUACUUUCCCCCCUCUUCACUAAUGCACUAACAUCCCCGUACCUGCUUCGAUAACGCUUACUGAUAAAGCACUCACAAGGUCAAUAUCACAAUUGAUGAACUAAUAGGACUGCACAGCAUCGCACGUGGUAGCUUUGAUAGAAGCUAUGCCGCGAUAUAAAGGGAGGGCAAGCUUCCCGAGCUCCAAGUAUCUGGGAAGCUCGAAAUCUCAUCAUACAGAGAGGUUUCGGAAGAUUGCACUCUUUCUCGUCAUUUGCGCUUUCUUAUACGCGUCGUACAUUAUGCUCUUGGAUCAAAUCCUUUUAUUGUCCCUCACCGGUGUGACGGCCUCAGCCUUGCUUCCUGAGAAACAACCAUGUUCAAGUUCUACAAACGAUGUUCCACAGUAUUUUCAGACGACUCCAGAACUUUGGGCUGGACCAACAGCGACGGGUAGAGCUCCUUUUCUAGCCCAGACAGAUCCAGUCUCGUUUGCACCAACUGUGACUUUCGUGCCAAACACUCCUCUCGAGACUGCCCAGCCGAUUGUAGGCCAAGGUCGAAAUGAAAGUAUCUUCCAGCUUAUGGGACAGCUCACCCCUUACUUGCCCAAUCCAUCUGGAUUUGGCGUUGCAGAGUAUCCAUUGCCACCUGGAGCUAAGAUUGCUCAACUUCAGCUUCGGAACAUUGAGAACCAACCAUUGUUCAAGCUCUUUUAUGUCCACCAAAAGCUUCGACAACAUGUUUCUGAAUCAUACAGCAAUAUCAUAUAUGCUGACAACUCCCAGAUGCUUUCACGCCAUGGAGCACGUUAUCCCACUUCCGGAAGUAAUGUUGCAACCUUUGGUGAAAAGGUCGCAAACUACACGGGGAAAAUAGAUGCCACUGGGGCUCUAUCGUUUUUGAAUGACUGGAAGUACGAAUUAGGUUAUGAGAUUCUUGUCCCUCGUGGAAGACAAGAACUGUAUGACAGUGGUAUUUUGCACUAUUAUAAAUAUGCUCAAUUAUACAACCCUCACAGCAAAAUUAUCGCUCGAACUACCACUCAAGAUCGAAUGCUCAAGAGCGCUGAAUACUUCAUGGCUGGAUUCUUUGGUCUCGAAUGGACAAAUAACGUCACUAUUGAAGUCAUUAUUGAAUCGACUGGCUACAAUAACAGCUUGGCAGGUUACGAUAAUUGCCCCAAUGCAAACAAUUAUAGAAGUGCUGGAGGAAACAAUGCUACAAACCAAUGGGUAGCUACGUAUCUACAGAAUGCCACCGCUCGUUUCCAGUCCAUGGUCUCACCAGAGUUCAACUGGACUGUCGUAGAUACCUACGCAGCACAAACUAUGUGCCCAUAUGAGACUGUGGCAUAUGGCUACAGUGCCUUCUGCAAUCUAUUCACCUAUGAAGAAUGGGUCGGCUUCGAAUACGCAAUUGACCUUUACUUUGCGGGCGGAAGUUCCUUCGCUUCUCCUACUGGUCGCGCUGUUGGAAUCGGCUACGUCCAAGAAGUAGUCGCCCGUCUUCAAAACCAUACCCUUGGUUACUCCGGCUCCCAAAUCAAUACUACCUUGGACAAUAACACCGCUACCUUUCCCCUGAACCAAUCCAUCUACUUUGAUUUCUCCCACGACACAAACAUAAUGUCUAUUCUCACUGCUUUCGGCUUCACACAAUUCGCCGAAGCACUGCCAGCUACCCAUCACCCUGGCCCGCACAAUCUGACCGUUUCGCACAUGGAACCCUUUGGCGCAAGAUUAGAUAUAGAGAUUAUCAAGACACCAAAACCUUUAGCAGCAGAUAGGACAUACGUAGAUGGCAAGGAAACUACGUAUGUACAUUUUAUCCUCAAUCAGAGAACGCUACCUUUGGGGCUCAGUUUCCCAGAGUGUGGAGCUGAUAGAUUGGAUGGAUGGUGCGAGUUGGAUACGUUUUUGGACGUGCAGAGUAAAUCGACAAAGGAUGCUCAGUAUGAGUAUGCUUGCUUUGGUGAUUAUCCCGCAGAGCCAUAUGGGAGUGUUACGAAUGGCGUGCCAAAUUCUUAGAAGUGGAAGUAGUCUGAGUCUUUUAAACUCCGUUCUUUUGUAUGGUACGGGGCAUUGGCCACCGAACUGGAUCUCUGUAUAAAUUAUGGUAUAGCUAAAUAGGAAGAGAAUGGGGGUAUUCGUAGAUGAACUAAAUUCACAUCAAGAUUAAAAUUCU